UCCCUUAUAGCAUUUUCUGAUGAAAUCUCUCCGCUUUAGCUCCGCGGCUAGCUCUGACGAGAAAGCGAAACGGAAAUACCAACGAGGCGAGACACAAAAGUAUUCCAUAUAAAGCGAAUUAACAAGUGAAUCCGUUUUAUUUUUACAUUAAGGAGAUCUCGUAUGCUUGGUUUUGGUGUUUGUGAUGUUUUAAAGCUUACGGAAUUUUCAGAAAAACGCGGGCUCGAUUGAGGUGACACAAGACUGACAUAUGAAGAAUCGACACUUUCUUCCCACAGACGAAAAAAUGGCUUUCGUUUCGUACUUUACUUUGGAAUAUACCGGACUGUCUUGCUGUUUUAUCGCCUCAGAAUACCUUUCCCAUCCUUCUGUCGUCUCUACAAUUCCCUCAAGCCGAAAUAAGUUGUGUUAUUUUCCUCAAGAAGGCACGGUUGGCGUAAACGCUGCGGUCAGUAUGGACGCUGAUGGUAUUCGCUGGCGCCAAGUCGGACUCUAAAUAUUUACCAGUACUCAUGUAUCCUGUCAAGGGCUGAAAAACAAUGGAAAAUAAGCGAUUUACUUUUUUCGUAGCUAACAUUUAGCCUAAACUAAAUCUGUUGUGACCUUAAAAAAAUAGCUUCUGGCUGCGUCGGGAAGUUUAGUCUUAUAAGGACAUAUCCGGGUUGUGUUUGGAAAAGCUGCUAUUCGGUACAUAAUUCAAAAUAAUAACAUUAAAAGAGAAAUCUUUGAAAACCCAGCACUUUUAUGCACAUUUAUCAGUAAAAGUGGCCAUCUUUGAGCUAUUCAUAAAGUAAGUCGCUUAAAUUAAUUGUUAGCUUGUUAUAUAUCAAUUAAGUUUAUCUAGUUGUAGUCAAUUUAAAGGAGAACUCAUGUUUAGAAGUAUGAACGCACAUGGACACUUUUCUAAAGAGAACACGCGCUCCACGCGUGACAGCGAUGAGAGCCCUGACAGCUCGUGGAUCAGCGCGUUCUCUCUGGUCUCCAGGCCCGCGUGGUCUCUCCUGCAGAGAUAUUUACCGGGAAGAGUCCAGACAGCAUGCGACAUGAAGUCAAAUUUAGAUUUGACAAACUCGCUGAUGGGUGGUCUCGGUGAUAUCCCUCUGAAAGAGGCCUACCUCCACUGCCAGCAUGAAAACGCGGCGUGCGCGACUUCCGGUGACCAGGGGACCCUGCCCUGGUUGACGCCCGAUUUACUGGGCGAACUGAGAAUCCAGAACACCGCACAGAAGGAUUUAAAUAUGCAAAGGCAGGCCACAUUUGGAUACCUCGGGACGGCGAGACAUUAUUUCAGCCAGGUUUUAUUGAAAACCGGAAGAGAAAAAACAGAUGCGGUGACCGUGCGCUCUGCCAACAGCUGGUGGUUGGGUGGAUUUUGGGGGGCCGAGGAUAGCCCUCAAAACAUGCUGCUAAAUGUACCACAUGGUCGAAAAGAGACUGGUACCACCUGGCAGCAUUGUAGAGAGCAUCACAGUGUUGCCUAUUGUCCGAGUCACUCACAGGGUGUCGUUGCCAUGACAACUGUAUGUAGCAAUGAUGGGGAAUCAAUGCACAACGAAAGCGCUGGACCCUUGUGCUCUAAAGGGCUGGACCACAAUGCAAGCCUACACACAGGAUCCCUCACAAACGUAUACCAGCUUCCUUUAGAUGAUGAGAAGCAAAAUGCUUUAAAACCUCUGGUUUGUUGUAGAGCCUACAGCGAAGUGGCAGUUCUGACCCCAGAUCAGGAUAAUGGCUAUUCGAGCUUGGAGGAAGAACACUCAAAUGGUAAGCUUCGUAGUAUGAGGCUGCUUUCUAAUGGGCAGGAGGUGUCAGAAACCGAUGGGGAUGUUGCCUCUGAGGGCACUACAGAAAAUGAGUCUCAUAGUGAGCCUGUCGAUUGCAAGGAAGAAGUUAGGGAAACGAUGAAAGAUUCUGAGUCGUCCGAUACUGAAAAGACGGCAGAGGCAGCCGAGGACCUGCCCGUUUUGCCCAAUCCUAGCUGUCAAAACAAGGUCAUCGCCUAUAUCAUGGGUAGCCCUUGCAGUGGAGAGUCUGAAUCUGAGGAUGAUGAUGAAGAGUGGGACAGUAAUGAUGACGAUGGGUUUGACAGUGAAGGUUCAUCCCACUUCUCUGAGUCUGAGGACCUGGAUGACAGCGAUGAUGAAUCAGAGGAGGAUACCGAUGAAGAGGAGGCAGACUCUGAGACGGAGAGACUCUGGAAUUCUCUGUGCCAAAACGGGGAUCCUUACAACCCUAGGAAUUUUACAGCUCCGAUAAGGACAGCCUCCAAGCCAAAUCCCACUACAGAAUCCCUAGUCUCAGAGUCUCCACCAGCGCAUAUGUCAUCCCACCUUUCAUCGUCUCCAUUGUUGUCCUCACUUUCUGAGAACGAGUCGAGUGAAGACGCUUGUGAUGUGGAUGAGGAAGAGAGUCUCAAACUAUGGAACUCGUUUAGUUGCUCAUCAGACCCCUACAGUCUCUUCAACUUUCAAGCCCCCAUAAAGACUCAUAAACCCCCUAAAUCUUGCCGGAAGAAGGCACGGGCUGGAACCCCGUGUUACAAAAGCGAGGAGGCUGAGGAGAGGUUGGACAGUGGAUUUUCAGAGAUUUCCUCCAGUAAUGCAAUGGGUGUGCAGCCGAAAAAGGUGCAGUUUGUAGAAGAGGUAGAGGAGUUUUAUGCCAGCAGCGAUGAGGACCGCCACGGCCCCUGGGAGGAAAUUGCUCGGGACCGCUGUCGUUUUCAGCGUCGUGUUCAGGAAGUUGAAGAGACUAUUAGCUAUUGCCUAUCUCCAACUUUCCGCCUGGUCAUAUUUCAGAGACUCCACAAUACUAGCUAAUUAAAAAAUUUCUUUGACAAUAAAUGUAAACAAUGAAUAAGAAACAAUGUAUCAAUAGUUAAAUUCAGGGCAUCGGGAAGGCCCUUAAAUGUUCUAAGGGCUCACAAGUCACAAAUCCAAGGAACUCGGAGGAUCCUUCUAGUGAAGGUCAUUUCACUUGAGUUAUGCUGAAGUUCCAUGCGUUUUGUGCUGAGCUGUGGUGUGAAUUUGGAAAUAUGCAUUUUGUUUGAUUUUUGUUUUCUGCGCAACUCACGCUGUCCUUUCUACCCCGUACUGCAGUAGUUUCAUUUAAGGAGAAACGAAACUAAUAGAUGUUCUUGUUCAGUGACAAGGAAACAGAGUUUUAAAUAGCUGAUUUGUUUGUGUUUUACUUACGCCUGUUAAAAAAUUUGAUUUAAUGAUUUACAAACAUUACACACAAAUGCACUAACUUUACCUCUUGGUGGGACACUAAAUUAAUGUUUAUCUUACUGUCAUAACUGACCGUGUUAGUGCAAAAGUGUUUUUGAGGAAUGAAAGGAAGAAAUGACCUAUGCGAAGUGCUUGCCAUUUUGUUGUUUUCUUCUUGCAGGCCUUUUUUGACAAACCCUGUGUUGUAACCUAAAGCCAAAGAUAAUGUACCUCUGCUCUGGAGUGGAUCAUUAAGCCAGGCCCCAGUAUUUUGCAACUACAGGAGUGUACCGGGUAAAUAAUUCACCAGAGUAUCCACAUUGAACCUAGUGGUAUUUUUGCCGGAGCUGAGCAAUGCUUAUAUCAGUAUCUGUCCAUGUGUUGGAGUGAAGAUAUAUGGGUGUGGGCCUUAGUGCAAUGUAUUUGCAUGAUCGUAAAUGGAUUCCCUAUUACUAUUUAUUGGACAAAACCAUUUUACCUAAUAUAUGGAUAUCACUGUUGUGUAACGGGGUAUUUUCUCUGUGCUUUGAACUGUGGCAGCUGUGACAAACAGCAAAAUCUUGAACUAUAAAGGUGAAAUGCAGGGACAAAAUGCAUGUUUUUGAUUUGAACUAUAUAAAAUGCUUGAUGUUGAAGCAUAAAGGUAAUUUGUUAUUCACUAUAAUUAACAAAGGCAUUUUAUUUUUGUAAUACAUUUUAGGAGUUAAGCAUCUUGGAUUUGUGACACAAAUACUAGUCCUAAUUGAAUUAACGUUCAUUAAAAAGUAAUGCAAGAAA